ACUAAAGUUGUUAAAUGGCUUCCAACCUGAACCAACACUAAACCUGGUGGUAUUUUACUUCCUAAAAAUGUCUGCUGCUCUCCAAGAUAGGGCUUUGAUCUGAUUUCCUUUUCCGCUGCACAAUCUCAUCGUAGCAGCUGCCGUCACUGCCUACUGUGGUACGCUCCGAAUAUAAAAUGCAGUAUCUCUGAACAAGAGUUGCAAACUGUUAGUUUAGAAAAAAAUUCAUGUAACUGCCUGCUGACACUCACCAAAUAUUAAUUAUUUUUACAAACUGUUCUGAAUUUUUUAACUUCAUUAUAUUUAAGUUGGAUUAACCGCUGUUGGCUUCAUAUAUAGGGCUGAAGAGCUUUGGACAGUAUGGUGAGGUGGUUUCAUCCUAAUAUAUCUGGGAUUGAAGCGGAACAUCUCUUACUAAACAGAGGAGUUCAUGGGAGCUUCCUAGCACGACCCAGCAAAAGCAACCCUGGGGACUUCACUUUAUCAAUCAGACGAAAUGUAGAAGUGACACAUAUAAAGAUUCAGAACUCAGGAGACUAUUAUGAUCUUUAUGGAGGAGAGAAGUUUGCAACGUUGGCAGAAUUGGUUCAGCAUUACACAGAACAAGAAGGUCUUCUACGAGAGAAGAAUGGAGACGUGAUUGAAUUGAAGUAUCCCUUGAACUGCCGAGACCCAACAUCUGAAAGGUGGUAUCACGGGCAUCUAUCAGGUAAAGAUGCAGAGAAACUUCUGACCGAUAAAGGAAAACCGGGAAGUUUCCUAGUGCGUGAAAGUCUCAGUAAACCGGGGGAUUUUGUCCUGUCGGUGCUAACCAAUGAAGAAAAAGUAGAAAAUGGAGAUCGCAAGCCAAGAGUGACUCAUGUGAUGAUUGGGUAUAAGGCUGGAAAGUAUGAUGUUGGUGGAGGUGAAAAGUUUGACACACUUACUGAUUUAGUGGAACACUACAAAAAAAACCCAAUGGUGGAAGUUUCUGGAAUUGUUGUUCACCUCAAACAGCCAUUUAAUGCCACAAGAAUAAAUGCUGCAAACAUUGAGAAUCGCGUGAGGGAGCUCAAUAAAACAGCAGAUAACACAGAAAAGGCCAAGCAGGGUUUUUGGGAAGAGUUUGAGCUUCUUCAGCAACAAGAAUAUAAACUGUUGUACAGCAGGAAGGAAGGCCAGAGAAUAGAAAAUAAAAGCAAAAACAGAUACAAAAAUAUCUUACCAUUUGAUAAUACCAGAGUUAGGCUGAAGGAAGCUGAUGAAAGUGUAGUGGGAUCUGAUUAUAUCAAUGCUAAUAAUAUCACAAAUGGGAAAAAUGGAGAUGACUGUAAAAACUACAUUGCAACACAAGGCUGUCUUCAGAAUACCAUCAAUGAUUUUUGGAAAAUGAUUUACCAGGAAAAUGCUCAUGUUAUUGUCAUGACAACCAAAGAAAUAGAAAGAGGAAAGUGUAAAUGCGUUCGCUACUGGCCAGAUGUCAAAACAUCAACAGAGUAUGGCAUGUUAUCUGUGCGGAAUCUGGAAGAACGCAUGGCACAAGAUUAUAUUGUACGAGACCUGGAGGUUAUGCGACUAGACCGGAACGAACGUCCUCGGCACGUAUGGCACUAUCAGUACCUCAGCUGGCCUGACCAUGGGGUUCCCAACGAACCAGGAGGAGUAUUAAGCUUCUUGGACCAAGUAAACAGAACACAGCAAAGUAUCCCAGACACUGGGCCCAUUAUAGUGCACUGCAGUGCUGGAAUAGGGAGAACAGGAACUAUAAUUGUCAUAGAUAUGUUAAUAUCUGACAUCAGCAGACAAGGUUUGGACUGUGAUAUAGACAUCCCAAAAACGAUUCAAAUAGUACGAAAACAGCGAUCAGGAAUGGUACAAACUGAGGCUCAGUAUAAGUUCAUAUACAUGGCUGUACAGCAGUAUAUUGAAACAGUGCAGAGGAGACUACAGGAAGAACAGAGAAGCAAAAUCAAGGACCGAGAGUAUUCAAAUAUCCGAUAUCUUCCUAUGGAGGUUAAGACCAAAAGACAUGCUGGCACGUCUCGAGAUCUUUCAUUGUUCAAUGAAGAAUCAUCUUGUCUUUAUGAAAAUUUAAACAUCAAAACUUCCAAAGCUUCAGGAGGCAGCAACACAAAACGAUAAAAGCAUCAAGUGGACUGGCUAAUUACUCCUGUUUACAUGAAGCUUCAGCCUGCAUUGAAAAUAAUUUUACCCCAACUUGUCUCUGGAUCCUUGUGCACUUCUACCAACCAAAUACCUGAAGAAAUCUGCCUUCUAGAAAUGGUUUAAUUUAUUGUCAGCAAAGUAUUUUUUUAAUGAUCAUGCUAUUUGUAAGCUUGUAUUCAGAAAUGUACUUUUAAGUGCCUCUCCUUGGAACUGAUAAAUGGAUGAGUUUAAUUUACCUUUGUUAAAAUUUAGUAAUUAUCCAUGCAAUGCCUUCAGGGAAAAAAGAGACUUAUUUGACUUAGAAAGCUACAAAAGAGAAUCUAACCAUUUACAAAAACAUAAUGCUGGAAACACUAAGCAAGGAUGUGGCUGUGCCCCUCAGAGUGCAGAGGAGAUUCACCAGGAUGUGCCAGGAUUGGAGGACUUUAGUGAUGAAGAGAGAUGGGAUGGGCUGGGCUUGUUUUCCCGGGAGCAAAGAAAACUGGGGGGGUGAUCUGACUUUACUUAAGGGGGUGAUAAGGUUACAAGAGCAUGGAUAGUGAAGAUAAUCAAAAUUGUUUUCUUCCAUUACAAAAGUAUCAAAAGCUAAGCAACAGCGCCUCAAGUAGGAAUUGAGUGGUGUUGCAAUGCUGAGAUAGAGUGGAGAUAUUUGAAACCAGCCGAUUAGUAACUGAAGAAUGUUUGCUAUGAGCCAAUUAACAAGUAGUGUGUAACAGGAUAGACUAUACGUGAUGAAAUACCUUUCCCAUAACAGCAGAGCACACAAAGAAAACCAGUUAGGUCCAGGACUGGGGCCGGAUGGGCAUAGGGGUUAGUGGUCAGAAGGCGACAUAGACAAAUUGGUAGGAAGGUAGUUCUUUGCCACUCGAUAAGCAGAGCAUCAGGACUAGGAUCAGAAAAAAGGGUUAGGUCAGGAAGGUAGCAGAGGGCUAAGCUGGGGUAUAUAAGGAGUACUGGGUUGGUUCAGGGAGAGGUGAUCGACGCCCAGUAAAUUUAUUGUAGGACGUUAGAUGGUAUGACUGUAGGGACAAGAUUAAUUUGGAGACACGAUAGACCACAGGUGAUGAUAUUGGAGCAAAAAUCAGGCUGUCUAUUGGAGGAAUUCAACAGAUUGAGGAGCAUCUGUGGGGAUGGAAUGGAAUUGUCAGGGUCCUGAUGCAAGGUCUCAACCGAAAGUAUUGACAAAAUGCACACCCUUCCCGUACAGAGGCUGUUAAACCCACUGUUACUUCACUUCCCAGCUUCUUACUUCAUCCCCCUGCACCCACCCGUCUCACCUAUCACCUACUAACUUGUCCUUUCCCCAACUUCCUAUUCUGGCUUCUUCCCCCUUCCAUUCACAAAAAAGGGUCUCGACCUGAAACAUCAACUAUUUUUUCAUUUCCAUAAAUGCUGCCUGACCUGCUAGGUUCCUUCAGCGUUUUGUAUUUGUUACUAUGGAUUUCCAGAUUCUGCAGAAUCUCGUGUUUAUGAUUUUCUGCUAGACCUGCCGAGUUCUUCCACCAUUUCACUUUUUGUUCAGGAGUGAUUGGUAACUAGAUAAAGGUCAUGCUGUUAGCUCAGGAAAUCAGUGGGUGAAGAGAGUUGGUUUAAGGGUCAUGAGUUUGGCGGUGGGAAUGGUGGUCACAACCAAUGUAGGGUUGUGGGUCUUGCAGUUAGAACCAGAUCAGGACUUUUCUUAAAGGAGACCUGUUUUAAACCAGAUCCCAGUAUUGGACUGAGAAUCCUGUCUAAAUCAUGAAAACAGAAAAUGCUACUCAGCAUGUAAGGUGAAUUAGAGCUUAAUGCAAGACAUUCUGCAGAUGUUGACCAACACAUACAACAUGCUGAAGAAACUUAGCAGGUCAGACAGCAUCUAUAGAGGGAAAUGAACAGUCAGCGUUUCAGACCAAGACCCUUCACCAGGACUGCAAAGGAAGGAGGCAGAAUCCAGAAUAAGAACGUGGGGUAGAGGAAGGAGUGCAAGGUGGCGGGUGAUAGGUGAGACCACGUGAAGGGAAAAUAAAAUAAGAAGUUGGGAGGUGAUGGAUGGAAGCAGUGAAGAGUUGAAGAAGAAGGAAUCUGAUAGCUGAGGAGAGUGCACCAUGGAAGAAAGGGAGGAAGAGGGGCACCAGAGGGAGGUGAUGCCAGGUGAGGAGAAGAGAAGGAGUAAGAGGAGAACCAGAAUGGGGAAUGGAAAAAAAGGGUAGGAGGAAUCUGAUAAGAGAGGACAAGGGAAGAAAAUAGGGUUAAUAUUACAUUUCAAAAACACUUUGACUGAACUUUGAAUGAGAGAAAAUAAAUUAGUAUAAAAUUGUAGAGUAGAUGCAGGGUAGAUGGAUUCCAUAGACGAUAUAUAUCAAGGGAAGUAAAGCCGGGAUUUCCCCUGGGAAGAUAAUCUGAUUGGAGGUGAAUGGAAGCAGUUAGAGAAUGGAGUCUAAGUUCAUAAAAGUAAUGAAGUGCAGGCAGAGAGAGAGUGUGAGAACACAGAUAAUAUCCUGCAGCCCAGCAUCUGGCAUCUAUCACGUUGGUUUAUCUUGUUCUCACUCUCUGACAGCACUAAUUUCACGGAUUUAUGAACAAAAGACUCUGCUUUCCUUUCCUGGCUGCCCCUAUGAGCCCACUGACUGUCAGGGCAACUCUGGUCUCGCUCUGUCAUAAAGUAACCUCUGAGUGUAUCGCUGUAUGUUUGUGGUCUUCUGCAGCUGUAGCCCAUCCACUUCAAGGUUCAACGAGAUGCCCCCUCUUCACACCAUUGUUGUAACAUGUGGUUAUUUCUGUUGGCUCGAACCAGUCUGGUCAUCCUCCUCUGACCUCUCAUUAACAAGGCUUUUUGUCCAUAGAAUUGCUGCUCACAGGAUGUUCUUUUGUAUUUUGCCACAUUCUCUAUAAACUCCAGAGACAGUUGUGCAUGAAAAUCCCAGGAGAUCAGCUGUUUCUGAAACACUCAAACCAUCCUGUCUGGCAACAACAAUCUUUCCAUGGUCAAAGUCACUUACAUCACAUUUCUUCCCCAUUCCAAUGUUCGGUCUGAGCAACAACUGAACCUCUUGACCAUCUCUGCAUGUUUUUAUACAUUGAGUUGCUGCUGCAUGAUUGGCUGAUUAGUUAGUUGCAUUUAUGAGCAGGGGUACAGAUGAACCUAAUAAAGUGACCACUGAGUAUAGACUUUGCCCUAUCCACCCCUUCCCCACUCCCACUGCAACUUAAUAUUAACUUCAUUUCUCUCCUUUCCCAUUGAAGAAUCUUUGAUUUAAAAAAAAUAUUUAUAUUAUUUGCAAGGCAAUCAAUUUAUUGCAAUGAUCUUGUUAAUUCAAAAAUGCAGAAACUUUGACUGUUAUUCUACUGGGAUUUGUGAAAGUGUCGCUGCGCACAGUUUAAGAUUUUGCAGGAAUGCCAUUUCCCCUAUUUAAAACUAGUUUAUGCAAUCACCACAGCCUAAUUAAUGAGGGUUUGCUGAUGUAUUUUUUUCAAUUUUAAAUGUAUGUUGAUCAUCACAUUCAUGUUAUUUUAAAAAUUUUUACUUUAGAUAUACAGCGCAGAAUGGGCCCUUUCAGGCCCUUCGAGCUGCACUGUGCAGCAACCCCCAAUUUAACCCUAGCCUAAUCACUGGACAGUUUACAAUGACCAAUUAACCUACGUCUUUGGAAUGUGGGAAAAAUCCAGAGCACCACAGGAAAGACAUUCAGACUUCUUAGAAAUGACAUCUGACUUGAACUCUGAACUCCGACGCCCCAAACUGUAAUAGCGUCAUGCUAACCGCUACAGGGACACUAAUGUUUCAGCAUUCAGCGCUUGGUAAUGACCUUAUAUUAAUGGCGAGUUAACUUUUAAAAAAAUAUUCGCAUCAUUAGGCUGCCUUAAUUUCCUCAGGGUGGAAAUGUUAAAUUCUGGAGGGCAGAGCCUUAACGUAAAAAGGGUAGUGAAUCUGUGGAAUUCUUUGCUACAGAUGACUGUUGAGGCCAAGUCAUUGGGUAUCUUUAAAGGGGAGGUUGAUAGGUUCUUGAUUUGUAAGAACAUAAAAGGCUAUGGUGAGAAGGCACGAGAAUGUGGUUGAGAGGGAUAAUAAAUCAGCCAUAGUGGAAUGGCAGAGUAGAUUCAAUGGACCAAAUAGCCUAAUUCUGCUCCUAGUACUGUGCAAAAGUCUUAGCCAUGUAUAUAGCUAUGAGUGCCUAGGACUUUUGUACAAUGCUCUAGUAAUUUUAUGUAUUGCAUUGUACUGCUGCCACCAAAUAAAAACAGAUUUCAUGACAUAUGUGAGUGAUGAUAAACCUGAUUCUGAUAUGGGUCUCUAUUGUGGACUGAGAGUGGGAAUGGGGCGGGGAGAGGGGAAUCAUGGCUGGGAAAAGGGGAAGGAGCGGGAAGCACCAGAGAGACAUUCUGUAAUCAUCAGUUAAUUAACUAUUUGGAAUCAAAUGGCCUUGCCUGGUGUUUUGGGGCUGGGUGUGUCUGCACCUGUGCCACCCCCCACCCCUGGCACUCUUUGCCACCUGUCCCAAACCACUUCCAUGGCAGUCAGCUCUCACCAUUCCCAACAUGCUUUGCUCCCACCAGAUUUACAAAUUUGCUCUCCUCUCCAUGCUGUUGAAAGGUCUUAGGCACCGUAACUAUAUUUACUGCAUGUGCCUAAGACUUUUGCACAGGACUGUACAUACUUAUAGUACAAGGGAAAAGUUCAACUAGAUUGAUGAGGCAAGUUUGUUUUUAUAUGGAGAGUGCUGGGUGCCUGGAAAGAAUAUCUAAUAGCGAGGUUUAAGAGGCAUUUGGAUGGCACAUGAACAGACAAGUAUGCGGUUUAAAUUGGCAUCAUGGUUGGCAAAUCAUCAUGUUGUGCCUGUUGUGUGCUGUACUGUUCUGUUUUCUGUGUUAUGUUAUAGUUGCCUCAAUAAAUAAAUUAAACACAAGAGAUUCAGCAGAUGCUGGAAAUCCAGAGGAAGAUACCCACAAAAUGCCACGGUAGUGUAGUGGUUAAAGCAAAGCUAUUUACAGCUCAGGGCAGUCUGGAGUUCAGAGUUCAAUUCUGGCAUCCUCUGUAAGGAGUUUGUACAUUCUCCCUGUGAAUAAUGUGAGUAUCCUUCAGGUGCUCUGGUUUCCUCCUAUAGUCCAAAGACUUUUGGUUUUGGUAAACUAACUGGUCAUUGUAAAUUGUCCUGUGACUUAGCUAGUGUUAAGUAGGUGGGUUGCUGGGCAGCGUGGGUCAUUGGGCCAGAAGGGCCUGUUCCGCACUGUAUCUUUAAAUAAAUAACUCAGGUCAGGCAGCACUUAUGGAGAGGAAUAAAGAAUCAAUCCUUCGUACCGAGACCCAUGUUGCAGAAGAUCUCAAAAUUGUAACUCACUUAUUUUGAGUCUUUUUUCCCGUGUCAGAAUUUGUAAACGCAAUUAACUCAAAUACUGAAAAUUACAUGCUUGCGAAAAAAGCUUUUUGAUAUGUGGACCAACCUGAAAAUUUGUUCCUCACUGUUUGCAGCUAAAUAUUCCAUUGGUCCAGUAAAUCUGGGUCUUCUUUAUGUGCAGAUUAUUUUCAUGGUUAAACACCGGCUGUACUCUGUUUGCAACCACAUGUUGAUUAUUUUUUAUUUUAUCCAUGGUUUUAAUUACGAUGAAGACUACUAUGAAAGCAAAAAUAUUCUCCUGAAAUUAUGAUGUCACAAGCUGAGCUUGUGGUGAUUAGGUCAAGAUUUUGAACCUUUUUCAUAGAGAUAUUAAAAAUUUCUCAGAAACAAAUAAAAUCUCUUCUUUUUUAAGCCCAUCACCCCUACCGGAACAUAGACUGCUGACAGCUGCUCACCAGAGUCCUCAGUGCUGCGCCAGUCUUUCAAGUUACCCCCAGGUGUAGACCAUCUUACAUCUUCCAGGUGAAGAUCCUUCCACUCCCAGGAAUGAGGCUUUUGGAGUUUCUGUUGGUGUUUUUGUAGCUCUGGGUUGUUACAGGAUGAGAUUGCUAGUCAUAUGCCAAACUAUCCUCCUUUCACAGCCAGGCUUGGAACCAUCCAUGGGGCAGAGUUAAAUAAAAUCUCAGUAACAUGAUAUUGUAGACCAAUUUACUGUAAAUCCUGAACCUUUCCUUUUUAAAUUUUAGUAUCCCUGCUGAAAGAAUGUGUGUUCAUUGGAUGAAAUUUAACUGAAGGCCUGCUUUAUGUAUCAGUUGAUUUAAUAUUUUCCAUAGCUCUUCUCCUCAGCUGAGGCUCUAAUAAUACUGUGUCAGGAUAAUUUGUCCAUUCCUCUAUAGUAUUGGUUUGAUAUAUAUAUUUUUACACACAGGUU